AAGGAAUGGGAUGCGCUAGGCGAAAUUACUAAACUGCCCUCGCCAUUUUGACGCUUCUAUCUCGCCCACCGGCCACCGCUGCCGUCUCCAUCCAUCCCGCGAGGCGCCGCCGCCGACUCCGCCUCCGCCUCCGCCUCCGGCGAUCCCCAUCCAUCACGCGAGGCGCCGCCUCCGCCUCCGGCGACCCCCAUCCAUCACGCGACCGCCGCUUCGUCGGCAUCCUCCCACCGCAUCCAUCCUGAAGAAGAUCAUCGUCAAAACAUGUCGCUCAUUUCGAAGCUGCGGUUGAUCACUGUGGAUGUCACCGGUACUCUGCUUGCCUACAAAGGGCAGCUUGGUGAUUACUACUGUAUGGCAGCUAAGGCUGCUGGGAAGCCAUGUCCUGACUACCAGCGAAUGCAUGAGGGCUUCAAGCUUGCAUACACCGAGAUGGCAAGGCAAUACCCAUGCUUUGGAUUUGCAGCGAAGAUGCCGAAUAUCGACUGGUGGAGGAUGUGCGUCAAGGAUUCUUUUGUUAAGGCUGGUUAUGAGUAUGACGAGGAGACAUUUGAGAAGAUUUUCAAACGGAUUUACUCUUCUUUUGGCUCGUCUGCUCCGUACUCGGUAUUCCCUGAUGCGCAGCCCUUCAUGAGGUGGCUUCGCGGGAAGGGGCUCACGGUUGGAAUUGUCAGCAACGCAGAAUACCGUUACAAAGACGUCAUCUUGCCUGCUCUAGGACUGAACCAGGGCUCCGAGUGGGACUUUGGGGUGUUCUCUGGAAUAGUUGGUGUGGAGAAGCCAGAUCCAAGUAUCUACAGGAUUGCACUGGAAAUGGCGGGCAAGGUCGCGCCAGAAGAGGCGCUUCACAUAGGCGACAGCAUGCGCAAGGACUACACCCCUGCACGGAGCAUCGGAAUGCACGCGCUGCUUCUGGACCGAUUCAAGACCGCCGAUGCUGAGAGCUGGAGGAAGUCUGGAGCAACUGUGCUCCCUGACCUGGUAGCUGCUCAGGAGUGGCUCAGCAAGAAUCUCAAGGAUGAGCCAGUAGCAGCUGAACAAAAUGUCUGACCUUAGAAAAUUCAGUUCCCCUGUCACUGAGCUGAAUUCCCUCUUGUUUCCUAGUUAUGAAACGAGGGAGGCAAAAGAAAUGUGCCAUUGAUGUAUUUGUAUUGUACUGAUGGAAUAGGUUAUGUGAUGGUUCUUGGCUGCUGGAUUAUGUAAGCUGUUUGGUGUUGAACUGUUGAUGCUGAUUGCUGAAUAUGUCAAGCAAAUCAGUGUGGCAGAGCAUUGUUGUAGUCUCCCAUGAACUGUGUUUCAGCGAAGAAAACUAGUUUUGUUUGGCAUCUUCGCCUGUCUGAAGCAAUAAAAGCAGGGCAAUUUCAGUUCUGUUUGUCA